GGAUUAGCGGCGGCCGCAAAAAAAAAGCAGCGACGCUGCGCGCGAGCGAGCAGCAACGUCCUUACGUUACAGAAUAGCAAUUCAUACGAGCGAGUAGCCAACUAGCAAAGCAGCCGGGCGCUCCAGCACCCUUUUAAGCCCACCAGCCAAAAAGGCUAAAAAGGUGAUAAGCACCGCCGGACCUAAAAAACCAUGCGCGAGCAGGAGCUCACCACAACGAGCGCGCCGCAGCUCGACACGCCGCGGCCCGACGACGACGACAACGAUGACGAGUCUGAUGGGGGCACUGGCGUCGAGGACAUGACCAGCCAGCCCGUCAGCUACCGCUUCGUGCCCGCACGUUUAAGGAGAAGGCACGUGCCCGUGAGGCAGGAGCCCGAUUCGACGUCGAGGUGCGUCGCUUCUAUUCAAUCGAAGCCCUUCGGCCAAGCUCGAGUGGUCAACGCGUACAAGCGAAGGGGCGGCUGGCUCUGGGUCUGGUGGGACGGUAGGUUUGGGUGGGUCGACUCCACAAGAAUCUACGAGACGUGUGGGUGGAGGUGUUCACCAACAACGAAUGUGGACCCGCGCGAGGCGUGGCCGGGCGACAACUAUCUCGGAAGGAAGGGGAGGUUUGUAUUAGGACCGGACACGUCGGGGUUCGCCGCGACGAACGCCAUGACGACGAUUCCUACUCUCGUAGUGUGGUGUGCUACCCUUAAAAGUUCUGACGAUUUCGGCUGUUCGUACGACACCUGGCUCAUCAUGAGAUGUUUACUGGUCAUGAUCUACGGGACCUGCAUGUACCUGCUGUGGCGGGCCGCGCUCAUGGAUCCCGGCGUCAUCCCGAGGAACCCGCCGGACGCGAAACCGAGCCUCCCGCCCGGCUGCGAGGACGCGCCCGACCUCAAGAUCUGCCACACAUGUAACUUAGUACGACCAGCUAGGUCGAAGCACUGCGGGUCGUGCAACAACUGCGUGGAGCUCUUCGAUCACCAUUGCCCAUGGCUUGGCACCUGUGUGGCCAAAAGAAAUUAUGCGUACUUCGCGUUGUUCCUGAACUGCGAGGUGCUGCUGAUCGUCUAUGUUGUUUGCAUUACCACCUUUAGAAUGGUGCUGGCCUUCAAAGCUUCUGAGUUACCUGCUACGGCUUUUGAAAUAGAGGAAGUGCAGACGGCGCCGUGGCCGUUAGGAGCCGCGGCCGUCGCGGCGGGUCUAGCGUUUCCGGUGGUCUCGUUACUCUGCUUCCAUUUAAGAUUGGCGGCCAUCUCGCAGACGACGAACGAAUCCGUAAGAGGCGUCUACCGCCACGCGAUCAACAGCAACGAUAAAGGCUGUAGACGCAACUGCUACAACUCGAUCUACGCGACGCUGCGCGAGGCGACGCCCCCCUCUAGGUUGGAGCCGCUCUUCGCGCGGCCCUGCGCGGACCAGUCCUGGGGCGCGUACGGCGCCGUGCGGUCGGACGACGUCGCCUAGCUCGUUCCCCCUUUAAAUGUUUGUAUCCUCUA